AGUUGCUGCUGCUUCCUAAUGGAUACCCCUAAAACCCCCUUUAGUGGGAUUAGGAAAGACCUUCAAGGAAGAUUACAGUGUUACAAGCAAGACUGGCUGGGGGCUCUACAUUCCGGCGCCAGGAUAUUAGCUCCCACAGCAUACAUGUUCUUCGCAUCUGCCCUUCCAGUCAUUGCAUUCGGCGAGCAGCUAAAUAAGGAUACAGAUGAUGUAUUGAGUGGAGUAGAAACUCUUACCUCUACUGCUAUAUGCGGAGUUAUCCAUUCCAUUUUUGGAGGACAGCCUCUUUUGAUCUUAGGUGUUGCCGAACCUACUGUUAUAAUGUACAAUUACUUGUAUACUUUUGCCAAACACAGACCAGAGUUGGGAAAAGAAUUGUUUCUAGCUUGGGCUGGAUGGGUAUGUGUCUGGACCUCUGUGAUGUUGUGUGUUCUUGCAAUACUCAAUGCUUGCACACUCAUCACAAGAUUCACAAGGAUUGCUGGGGAGCUUUUUGGCAUGCUGAUUUCCGUGCUUUUUAUGCAAGAGGCUGUUAAGGGAGUAAUAAGUGAGUUCCAUGUACCAAAAGGAGAAAAUGAUACUACAAAAGAAGAGUACCAGUUUCAUUGGUUGUAUACAAAUGGCUUGCUUGCUGUUAUUUUCGCUUUUGGUACCCUCAUGACUUCCAUCAAGAGUAGAGGUGCCAGGUCCUGGCCAUAUGGCGUAGGGUGGCUACGGGGUCUUAUAGCAGACUAUGGGGUUCCUCUUAUGGUCGUGGUAUGGACUGCUAUAUCUUACGCCAAGCCCACAGAAGUUCCACGUGAUGUUCCGAGGCGACUAUUUUGUCCUCUUCCUUGGGAACCUGGAUCUUUAUCCCAUUGGACAGUCAUCAAAGUAAUGGUGAAGGUUCCAGCGAUUCACAUUGCCACGGCCAUAAUACCAGCCCUGAUGAUAGCAGCCUUGUACUUUUUCGACCAUAGCGUGGCUGCACAAAUGGCACAACCGAAAGAAUUUAAUCUAAAAAAACCCUCGGCUUACCAUUAUGAUUUACUGUUGCUUGGAUUCAUGACUUUGAUUUGCGGUUUGGUUGGAGUCCCCCCGUCAAACGGUGUCCUACCACAAUCACCCAUGCAUACCAGAAGUCUUGCAAUUCUUGAGAGACAGUUAAUGCGGAAGAAGAUGGCUAAGUGUGCAAAGGAAGGCAUGAAGAUGGAAGCAAGCAAAUCAGAAAUUUACGAAAAGAUGCACGCUGCUUUUGUCGACAUGGAUCCUCAUACAACAACAAGUCCUGUAGACAAGGAGUUAGACGAGUUGAAGGAAGUUGUUAUGGACCGUGGAGAUGGAGAAGCCAAGGUUAAAUUCGACCCAGAUAUACAUAUUGAGGAUCACAUACCGGUUCGGGUGAAUGAGCAGAGAGUAACAAAUCUACUACAGUCCUUUUUAGUGGGCUCUGCGGUCUUUGCUAUGCCCGCUAUUAAAAUGAUACCCACAUCUGUUUUCUGGGGAUAUUUUGCCUACAUGUCGUUAGAUAGCCUUCCUGGUAAUCAGUUUUGGGAAAGAUUGUUGCUCCUUUUUGUUCCUUCUCGUAGGCGUUUCAAACUCUAUGAAGGGCCUCAUGCUUCAUAUGUGGAAUCCGUACCGUUCAAAUACAUAAUGAUGUUUACACUCUUCCAGCUUGUGUAUUUCUUGCUUUGCUAUGGGAUCACAUGGAUACCAAUAGGUGGUAUACUAUUUCCGUUACCAUUCUUCUUGCUAAUACCCAUAAGAGAGCACCUUCUUCCCAAAAUGUUCCCUCGUCAACAUCUUCAGGAACUAGAUGCAUCUGCUUAUGAAGAAUUUACUGGCCACUCCGGUUACAUGAGUCUUUCACGAAGGGUGUUUGAACACCAUGGCGAUGGAUCGGAAGCGAGUGACAUGGAUGACUUCUUUGAUGUGACUUCCCCAGAGAUAUUGGAUGAAAUGUUCACCCACAGAGGAGAGUUGAAGCUAAGAUCAAGCUUCAAAGAUAGACAGAAUCAUGUUGACCCUCAGAAUGGUGAUUCACUAGCCUAGAAUAGUAUGAUCAAUGCAUAUAUCAAGAAUCUCUUAACCAAAGAUUUGUAAGAAUAGAGUUCGCUCGAUAGUACUGCUGAUUGAUGACAAUGGAAUUUGAAGCAUAUAUCAUACAUUAAGGGAAAAGAUCAGAUGAUCCCAAGCUAUGAAAAUUGUGGGUUCUGCACAGUAAGCUUUUUAUACACAUUGAACUUUUAGUGUGUAGCACAUUAAUUACUUUUAGGUUUAGAUAAAGGGAAGCAUGCCUAUUAUAUGAUCUUCCAUUUGAAUGUCGAAAUCUUUUUAUAAAUUAAUUAGUUGGUUAA